GGGAAAUAAAGAGAAAACUUAGAAGAAAAUGAUGAAUGGUAGGAAAAGUGGAAGAAAAUGGUGUAUAUUUCGUUCUCACUAUUACUUCCACUCUCGUUCCCUUUGAAUCCCAAAAACCCAAAACGGUUUUCAGAAUGUCCUUACAAAUUCAAUUUCAGGAUUUCAUUGACGAUUCCCUCUUAUUCCUCUCAGGAAAGAAGCAUUGCACUGCCAGAAUAUGGGAAAUACGAGAGCGUUGGGACAGUGAGCACAGAAUCAAUCACAAACAAUCCCAAUGAAUGCAGCAAUUCACCAGAGAUUCGGCAGAGUGGCCUACCUCCUUUAGUCAGUGCAUUGAAAGCCUCAGCUGAAGAAAAUGCUGCUACUUUUCACUUUCCUGGACAUAACAGAGGCCAUGCUGCUCCUGCCUCGAUGACUCGACUCAUUGGAAGAAGACCAUAUGUUCAUGAUUUACCCGAGCUUCCUGAACUUGACAACCUCUUCUGUCCCCAAGGACCUAUAUUAGAAGCACAAACAGAAGCAUCCAAACUUUUUGGUUCAUCAGAGACAUGGUUUCUUGUCGGAGGUACUACUUGUGGGAUUCAGGCAGCAAUAAUGGCAACCUGUUCACCAGGAGAAUUUCUUAUUCUUCCUCGAAAUUGUCAUUUAUCAGCUAUAUCUGCCAUGGUAUUAUCCGGUGCAGUGCCUAAGUACAUUGUUCCUGACUAUAAAAAUGACUGGGACAUCGCUGGUGGUGUCACGCCAUUACAGGUAUUGAGUGCUAUCCAGGAACUAGAAUUGGAAGGAAAAAAAGCAGCAGCAGUUUUCAUCACUUCACCUACUUAUCAUGGUAUUUGCAGUAACUUGAGUGACAUUUCCGAGUUGUGUCAUUCCCGUAAAAUUCCUCUGAUUGUUGAUGAAGCUCACGGUGCACAUCUAGGAUUUCAUUCUGAACUGCCUAGCUCAGCCCUCCAGCAAGGGGCUGAUCUAACUGUACAGUCUACUCACAAGGUUCUUUGCUCUCUUACUCAGUCAUCUAUGCUGCACAUGUCAGGUGACAUUGUAGAUAAGGAAAAAAUAUCUAGGUGUCUCCAAACUCUCCAAAGCACAAGUCCUAGUUACCUUCUUUUGGCAUCCCUAGAUGCUGCCAGAGCUCAACUUAGUGAAAGCCCUGAUACUGUAUUCAACCAAGCGAUUGAAUUAGCAAAUGAAGCAAAGUCCUCUCUUAAACGAUUCCCUGGAAUCUUAGUGCUUGAGAAUUCUAGCUUUCUGACCAUUCGUGCAAUUGAUCCAUUGCGGCUUACUGUAGGUUUUUGGGAGCUUGGUUUAUCAGGUUACGAAGCGGAUGAAAUCUUAUAUCGGGAUUUUGGAAUUGUUUGUGAACUCGUUGGGAAUAAAUCUAUCACUUAUGCACUUAAUCUUGGAACCUGUAGGGACCAUGUCCAAAGGCUUUUAUCGGGAAUAAAGCAUCUAGCUGCAACAUAUCCUUCCAUUCAGCAACCUAAAGACGAAGUACUUACUGAACACACACCCUUUGAUGAUAUAAUCACAAGCUUGACCCCCAGAGAUGCAUUUUUUGCAAGCAAAAGAAAAGUAACGAUAAAGGAGAGCAUUGGUAAGGUUUCGGGGGAGCUUAUUUGUCCAUAUCCUCCAGGCAUACCUGUAUUGAUUCCCGGUGAGGUUAUUACUGAGAGAGCCGUCAAUUAUCUACUCCAUGUAAGAAGCAAAGGUGCUGAUAUUAGUGGAGCAUCUGAUCCCUUACUUUCUUCUAUAGUUGUCUGCAAUGUACAUAAAAAACAGCUGGUCUCAUAAUAAUUGAGAAAUAUUUCACACAGCUGAAGAAACUCUUAGGUAUUUAUUCAACUAACUAAUGCUAGCAAUGGCUGUUGAUGUAGGUAGAUUUUCUCUAAUUGGAAUGGAUUGAAAUAAAAGAGCCAUUCUGAAUUUUGUCUAGUGAAAAUCUUCCAGAUUUCAAUGCUUUAGAUAUGGGUCAGAGUCAUUGGAAAAGAAAUGUCUUAAGUAAUGUCACUGUUCUGUUUAAAAUGACUCCUUAUUGGAUAUUUAAAUAUUUGGCAGAAAUCGCCACCUCAUUGUUU